AUGGUGGCCUUCAGCGGGCUCUGCCGAAGUCUCUCUCGCCUGGUGAAGGGGACCGCUCAGUGCAAGUUUGGGAAGCUGAACACCUACAACAAUACCCGUCCACCAAUUCAAAUAAAGGUAUGCCUAAAAGUAUCCAACAACUCGUUGACAUUUUUGGAAAGAAAUUAGACAAUUUUCUUUCAGAAAUGUCUUUGAGUAGCCUAUUGAAUGUUUAAAAGUAUUUUGACUGGAUGUGCCUUUAUCCACUGGCAAUCAUAGUGUUGUCACCAGCCAGACCCAUUUCUGAUUGGGUGGGAAGCUGAGCCACAGCUCUUGUGGCUGGAUCCACAACCUCUUCUCAUAAUGCACUGUUGGUGCUAUAUCAAGUAGCCAUAUUUGCUCAGCCGAGUUUUCACCUGCAUCCUCUCAGGCCAAGUGUGUUUUUAUCCCCAUAAGCCUCAUAGCCUACACUGCCUAGUCUGAAAUACAGUAGGGCAGGGACACAAGCACACCACCCACAUCAGAGAGUUUCUCAAGAGCCACGACGUGAGCAGUGUGAUCACUGUAACCCCACUUCCCCUUUUGUGGCCCAUUGCCACAGCAACACUUCCCUUUCAGACAGGAAAUAACAGGGAGUCGUAAAUGACGAGGACCGAAGUGUGUUUGUGUCAGUGCAGGGCGGAUAAUCCCCCCCCCCCCCCCCCCCCCCCGCCCCUCCAAGUGUGUGAGCAUCAUUUUGGAUUACCACCGGUGCUUCAGCCAUGUCUAAGAACAUGAAGACUCUAGGUGUUCCUGGUGUUGGUCACAGGGUAAGUUGUCCGUUUCUGUAGACUUGGGUUGAAUUCAGUGAGGUGCAACGUUACAUACCGUUCAGAUUGACAUAUAUCAUGUAGAACAGACAUGCAUCUCAGCUAUGUAGAAGAGGGAAUCAACUCAACAAAACUCAUUUUUAUCUGAAAUGUUCAAAAUGUUGAGCACUUCCAGAUUGGUCUCCGCUGCCCUAUCUGGAGCUGGCCUCAAGCCAAGGUUCCUUCUCUGGGUCACCUAAGGUUCUAUUGGCAAAGCUCAUGCCCCGCCUCCCAGAGGAUCUAUCUUUUUCAGCCAUCCAUUUCCUUUGUUUGAGGGGUGCAAAAUCCACUUGACACUUAAAUCUUGCAUGAUUGAUUCCUUUUAUUUUACUCCUGCAAGUCUUUCAUACUCUUGCCUGAUGAUUUUUCCCUGAAAUGUUUGUAAUGACCUGUCGAUGUUUGUAAUGGCUGAAAUGGGCUCAAUGGGAUGCAUUGUCUUUCCGUUGAAUCUAUAAAAAUGCUAAAGCUUUGUCUGGGAUUUAAUACAUAGUUUAGACUCUUAUAUCACAAGAAAGAUAACUUUAUUUUGAUGGGUGUUUAAAGUAAUUGUAUACAGUUUUUAAAUGUUUACAAAUUAGAUAUGUUGAAAUGAAAGCAACUUCUGAAAAUGAACAGUCCAGAUUAGUGAUAUUAUGUCUGCUCUCACAAACAAUGUAAAGUAUGUAUAGAGGUGUAAUCUAGAGCCAAGCUGUUUUUUAAUCUGAGGGUAUCCUGAUAUUGACACAUUUGUUAAAUUAUGCAACAGAACCUGACAACAGUCAUUCAUGAGGAGGUCUAGACGGCGCAGGUGAGUGCAGGUAGGCCUAGACAUAGCAAGUUUUUGGUGGUUUCAGCCAUGUCCCUCCCCUUUAUGUUAAUGUCUUAAUAUAUGCAAAUACACCCGGUCAAUACACCCGGUUUUUCAGUCAAUAAAAGCAUGGAGUAUAUUCAUCCAUUCUCCAACUGUUGAAUGUAUUAGUUUUUAAAAACCUUUUAAUUGCUAGUUCCAUAGGUAGAGGCUGAGGGAGGAGGAGGGGAUUAGCACCAGCCUGUUGGUGAUAAGGCCACAUCCUGCUUUUGAAGGGUUUCCUGAUAUUGUGCUCAACUGUCAAUGGAGAAAAGGGCUAUGCUUUCAACAGCUGUUUUAUUUUUUUUGCUAGUAACGCCGUGAUCUUCAGUCCUUUCAGGUGAAGACUACACGAUACGUUGUGGUUUUAGUAAUGAUGAUAAAGCUGCUGUAAGUGGACUGCGGAGUGAUACCAAAGCUGCUACAAGACAAUGUUGGCUGUUACUGAAACACACCCAAGCCAGACAUUUUUUACAGAUUGCCCUCCACACCUGAGCAAUAUCACAUCCGAUCUCUAUGGCAUCGUGGUUGUGUCCCGGGUCCCCACCCAUCCCUCUCUCUGCCUCUGUUGUGGUGCAAUCCCUGAUGACUGGGAGACUGAGUCACAUAACACUGGGUGUUGGGUGGUGAUGUUGGGGAAAUAACACAUGCCUCAUAUCCUCAGGAGGCUGUUGAGAAAUCUUAAUAGUGAGUCAGGGUGGAUACAAGGAGCAACCUGUGGUGUGAGUGGAGUCCCCACUCUCAAAGAAAUGCCUGCAUAUGGUGGUCUUGUGGAAGGAUGUAUCGUGUAAUUUGCAGUGCAGUUGUCAUCACGAUUGUACACAACACAGUGAGUUCCAAGGAUUUCAACAUUCAUCAGGGACCGUAUUCAUAAAGCGUCUCAGAGUACGAGUGCUCAUCUAGGACUAGUUUUAACUUUUGGAUCCUAAUGAACAAGAUGACAUGGACAGAGGGGACCUGAUCCCAGAUCAACACUCCUACUCUAAGAUGCUUUAUGAUUACGGCCCCAGAACCAGAACACUCCUAGUAGACUCAUAGAGUUGUAUAAAAAGUUUCCUCAGGUUGCUUUUGCAUGAGCCUGUAGGAUUUGCUUAGGUCCGUCUCGUGUGCUCUAAAAUGUAGAAUGUCUGUUCGUCUUUGUUUGCAUUCAGUACAGCAUGCACAUUUCUGUCCCAACUUUACGUUUCCUUGUGAAAGAACAUGAACCCCUCUCUCCACAGAGGUGAAGGCUAAGCUUCACUGGAGCUGAAAAAAAUAAAACAUUAUUGUCCUGAAAGCUGAAUGAGAAAGCAAUACAGUGAGCUGUGUGAGCUGGGGACUUGCCUGCUUGAGUGCUCUAACGUAGAGGAGAGCUGUCAGUACAACAAAGUCAUGCAGCCGUUCUUCUCCAUUCUCACUUCCUGAUGCUGCGUUAGUGUUUUUUUUAUCCUUCAUUCACUGCCUGAGAUUUCUGUUUGCUUGUCAACGCCUGGUUGGGUGACUGUACGAUUUUUCCUGUUUGAAUGGUAUUCUGGUCUGUAACGUUGGUCUGUACUUCUAUUCCAUGAAGUUGGUCUCCACUUGUACGUUACUGACUUUAGAUUUUAAUGUAUUUUAAUGUCUGUGGAACUGUGUUCUGUAUCGAUGGAUCAUGUGAUAUUCUAUUUGACUGAGUCUGACACACAUUCCCCUGACUUGUCUCUGCAGAGCCAGGCAGUGUCAGAUGGAGGUAAGCCUGUGUGUGUGUGUGCCUGUCUGUCUCAGAAAUGUUUCUCAAAUAUGAGCAUGCCUGUACAGGCAGUAGUGCCAGUCUGCUACCCUGAGGCUUCAGGGUGUGGAUGGUUUUAUUAGUUAAUGUGUGUGUGAUUUCUCAGAGUUGAACAUGUCUGGUCGUGGAUGUGGGGGCAGUUGUAACAGUCUUCCAGGGGCCCAAGGGGGAGAUGCUCAGGCCAGCAGUGUCGUCGGCUGGGCUGUGUGCUUCGAGAAGCUAUUGGAAGACCCCAUGGGAGUAUGUUACUUCAAGGUGAGCCACAGAAGUCAUUGCUUUUAAUUGAGAACAGCGAUUGCGUUGUCUCCACUCAGCAAACGUAGAUAUGUUUUUCUCAGAGUAAAGCCACGGGAGGAGUCAUACAGCAGGGCUUUAAUUUAAAAAAAAUCAUGCUACCAACUUAAAGUUAGGAGAAAAGCACCAGAAAAUCAGAUUUAUUUAAUUUUAUUGAGCCUAUAUGAAUUCUAGCUUAUUUUGAAGAGCAUGCUGUGCCCCAGAAACUAUUAACCCUUAAAAUACAUUUUAUUAUAAAAAGCUAAAAUGUUAGGCCUCCCGAGUGGCGCAACGGUCUAAGGCACUGCAUCACAGUGCAUGAGGCGUCACUACAGACCUGGGUUUGAUCCCAGGCUGUAUCACAACCGGCCGUGACCGGGAGUCCCAUAGGGUGGCGCACAAUUGGCCCAGCGGCGUCCGGGUAAGUGAGGGUUUGAUCGCACUCUAGCGACUCCUUGUGGCGGGCCGGGCGCCUGCAGGCUGACACCGAUCAUCAGUUGAACAGUGUUUCCUCUGAUACAUUGGUGCAGCUGGCUUCCGGAAUAAGCGGGCGGGUGUUAAGAAGAGCGGUUAGGCGGUUCAUGUUUCGGAGGACGCAUGACUCGACCUUCGCCUCUCCGGAGCCCGUUGGGGAGUUGCAGCGAUGAGACGAUUGCAAUUGGAUAUCACAAAAUUGAGGAGAAAAAAGGGCUACACUAAAUGUUGAAACACCUGCUAGCUGAGAUGUAUUGCUCAGACUUUUUUUUAAACGCAAGCCUAUGAAACAAUAACCUAUUAAACAGUUGUGUAAUGAGGUUUGUGCAGUAGGCUAUAGGCCCAAUUCAUUAUCCCUGCAUAUUGGCUAUGCUUGAAUUGCCCUUCCAAUGUUGUUCUUCCUGUAACUCGAGUCACACCGCAUUGUUUCUACAUCAUGCACAAAUUCACGUUGUUCCUUCCAUAACCAGAGAAAGUUAUAUAUUCCUUGAUUAUUAAAAUAGACACAAAUAAUAAUUUAACAGUGCAAGCCUUUCAAUACACUUUGCUACUCAUUCUUUGCAGCUGUAGUGCUGGUUGAAGCAUGAAGGGAGAAGUGCAUUUUAUGGCUUCUAAGUGUUGAAUUAAAGUGCUGACUGUGCUGAAUUAAAAACGUAAACAUUCGUUGGCAGUCUCUCUAGUCAUGAUUAAAUUUUUUAUCUCACAGUAUCAAUUUUUGUUGUGCGCUCGAGGAAGCUGCAGAUGUGGUAAUCUGAGCAAUCUGAUUGCCAGCUGUAGGCCUUGAUUUACUCUCCGGGUCCUUGGGGUAUGGCAGUGGUACAGCGACGCCUGAUCAUAAUGUUAUUUUAUUUUUUGUCGCACUGGUGCUCGCAAAAUAAAAUUCCAGGUCUUACAGCUAAAUAUUUUGGAGCAUACAAGCCCUGUUUAUAGGUCAGAUAUAGUUAAUAGGUAAUCUGUUGAUUAGGUCUAAUGGGAGCUGUAUGGUAGGUCAGGUAGGUCUGAUGUGUGUUGUCAUGCAGGCUUUCCUGAGGUCAGAGGUGAGUGCGGAGAACAUACUGUUCUAUCAGGCCUGCGAGAAGUUCCGGAAGAUUCCACCCAGCCGGAUGAAAGAGGUAUGGGCUGAUUCUUCGGUCUUUACUGAAUGGUAAUAGAUGGAAUAGAUGUGUUGAAGUAGGGAUUGAGGAAGGAGAGUUGAGUGUGUGGACCAGAUUGUGGAGCUGGACUGAUGUAAUGGCCCUAUUCCCUAUAUAGUGCACUACUUCUGAUAGGGCCCUUGUCGAAAGUAGUGCACUAAAUGGGGAAUAGGGUGCCACUUAGGACUCAUAUUUUGUCUUAUUCCCAUAGUUGAGUGACGAGGCUCACGCCAUCUUCCAGACGUACCUGUCUGACCACGCUCCCUACGCUGUGAACAUCGACGACACAGCUCACGUGGAGGAGAAGGACCUGCUGAAGCCUACAGCUGAAAUCUUUGACAAGGCACAGACACAGGUCAGCUCUGCUGCCACCUGCCUGUCACAUACACACUUCCCACAGACCAGCUAGCUAGCGCAUGUAAUACGCUUGGAAUUCAGUUCUGUUUGAUGGAGAUCGAUUUAAAGCAAGAAAGUAGAGCAACUCAAACUCCUGACCAGCUCCAGUGUAAUAGUGUGGUAAGUCCAGUGCCAUUAACUGGUGUCUGUCUGUUUGUCCCUCCCUCCCUGGGUCAGAUUUUUAAAUUGAUGAAGAUGGACAGCUACAGGCGCUUCGUCCGCUCCCCUCUUUACCAGAAGUGUACCCUGGCCAGUGUGGAGGGCAGGCCACUACCCAGCAUCCCCGCUGAACCUACCAGCACGGGAUCAUGGGAGAACAUGGCCACCUUCAGCCGCUCCCUCAAUGACAGCAAGGUGGGAUGGAUGGAUGUGUAGGUGGAUGGAUGGACUUCAACAAUGGCUAUGAAAGCAAUGUUUUGACCAUAAUUGAGGAUUGUUUAAAUGAUUCCAUUUGGAUGUGUGUAAUCCAUUGCGUGGUUAUUGAGUAAUAGCUUGUAACCUGUGUUCAGCAGAAGAAGGAUAAGCAGCGGGAGAAGAGGGGAUCGUGGGGAGGUAGGCUUCCCCUCAGCCAUAACCCUACAAAGCUCUUGUCUAACUCUAUCCAUGAUAUUCUCUAGUUAUUUUUACCCUUGUCUGUUUCUCCCUCCUUUUCUCUCUCCUCCCCCGUCACUCUCUCCCCUCUCAGUAGGGGUGUCAUACCCCAAGGUGAAUGUAUCUUGUAAGGAGUCUCGGAUGUCCAACUGUAGUGCGGAGUUGGACUCCUACAGACAGAUGGAGGUAAAUUCACCAUACUUGGUCAGCUGGGCUGUGGGAGGAGAUUAGGUUAAAAAUAUAGAUAACCAUUAAUUCCCAACUUCUCUCCCUUACUCAUUCCCUCUCCUCCCCUCUCUCCUUCUGUUCCCCUAUCUCCCUCAAUCCCUCCUCUACUGCUCCCCUCUCUCCCUCACUUCCUCUCCUCUCUCCACUUGCUCCCCUCUCUCCCUCACUUCUUCUCCUCUCUCCACUUGCUCCCCUCUCUCCCUCACUUCCUCUCCUCUCUCCACUUGCUCCCCUCUCUCCCUCACCACCUCUCCUCUCUCCACCUGCUCCCGUCUCUCCCUGACUCCUCCUCUGGUCCAGAAUGGUCGCUCCAGUCCCUCAGGCCAGGUGCUGGGUGGUGGUGGUAGUGUGGAGGGGGGUUACUGCUGUGUCUACCUGCCUGACGGUAGUGCAUCCCUGGCCCCCACACGGCCCGGCCUCCCCCUCAGAGACAUGCUGUCUGGCCUCUGUGAGAAGAGAGGCUUCCCCCUCAAAGACGUCCUCAUCUACCUCCACGGAAAGGACCGGGUGAGCCAGAAUGGGAAUUGUCUUCCAAAUGUUGUCAGCAAUGCUCACUUCAACUGAAAAUGUCCUUAAUGACUGUUACCCAUAUGUCGUCCCUAUAGAAGCCCCUAUCUCUGGAGCAGGACUGCUCAGUACUGAGGGACCAGCAGGUCUCCCUGGAGCUGAGGGUGACGUUUACGUGAGUCAUCUCUGACACUUCCUUUUCUGGCUUACUGACCCUCAGUGUUUCUGCUUGUGUGUGUACUGUACUGUGUUGACGUGUGUAUGUGUUUCAGGUUGGAGGUGGUGUUCACUGGUAAGACAGUGGGCAUCAUGGUGAAGUCCAGUAAGACUCUGCAGGAUGCCCUGUCAGCGGUACUACAGAAACACCAACUAGCAUCACACCAGGCCCUGGUCACCAUGGUGUGUGGACGUGUUUAACUAGACUUGUGGGGACCAGAAGUCCCCACAAUAAUAGUAAACAAACAAACAUUUGACCAACUGGGGACAUUUUGUUAGUCCCCACAAGGUCACAUGCUAUUUCUAGGGGGUUAAGGUUAGGGUUAGGAGCUAGGGUUAGUUUUAGAUUCAGGGUUAGGAGCUAGGUUUAGGAUUAGGCUAUGGGUUAGGGAAAAUAGGAUUUUGUGUGUGUGUGAGAGAGAGAGAGAAAAAGUGUCUCUUGUAUGAACAUGUUCUGUUUUACAGAGUGGGAGUGAUGUGCCACUGAGCAUGAGCACCAGUGUGUUCAAACUGGCCAAUAAGAAGCUGCAGCUGGACAAAGGUGAAUACAUACUGAUUAUCCCACACAUGCUAACUGGUGCUUUGUCCCAGAUGAUAAUAAUGAUGGACAGGACCGGGCAUUGUUGUAUCCUAACUGGUGUUCCAGACCUUUAAAACUCAGUGAUCACGAACUCGCGCUCAUUUAUAUAUAUCAAUUAGGACAUAUAGCACUGCCCUUGCUUGCUCAUUCGUUCUCUGGCUUUCCAUUCCGCCUUCCUGUACACUUUCUUCUGCUCUCACCCUUGCGCUCCCUCUUUCGUUUAGACAUCUUAGUACAUUUGGCUUGUUGAGUGCUGUGUCACUGUGAGUUCACUCACAUCCUCUCUACUGCUCUGGGACCAGAACUGCCUUCACUUUGGAUAAGUGGUCACUCCCUGAGGCGUACUCAUUACUGAGAGAGACUGGGGGUGGGGGACUUUUUGUUCUUGAUUCUUCUGGGUAAAAGGGUCUUCUAUGUGACUGUCAGAGUUUUGCCAGAUAUCAAACCCCAUAAUGUGUACAGUAGCCUAUCUAGAACUUAUUGUUGUUGUUGUCUUUACAGUUAGCAGUCCCAGGAUCAGUGGCCAAACUCCAGUCACACAGGUGAGUCCUGCACUGUUGACGGCCAGGAUGUUCGGGAGUCCAAAGCUUAACAAAGUAAAAUGUGUGUGUUCUUUUCAGGAGAGAGGUAGAUCUCCAGUUGGCCCAGAGGUCCAUGUGUCUCCUCAGACAGACGGACCCAGAGCCAAGACCAGGGUCAGGAAAAACCAUGAGAUGGAGGGUAUGAGUCAGAACCAUGGGGUCAUGGCUUAUUUACUGGACCUGUCUAGGACUAUACCCCAUAGACUUCCUAGUAGCUGUAAUAGGACUAAACCCCAUAGACCUCCUAGUAGCCGUAAUAGGACUAAACCCCAUAGACCUCCUAGUAGCCGUAAUAGGACUAAACCCCAUAGACCUCCUAGUAGCUGUAAUAGGACUAAACCCCAUAGACCUCCUAGUAGCCGUAAUAGGACUAAACCCCAUAGACCUCCUAGUAGCCGUAAUAGGACUAAACCCCAUAGACCUCCUAGUAGCUGUAAUAGGACUAAACCCCAUAGACCUCCUAGUAGCUGUAAUAGGACUAAACCCCAUAGACCUCCUAGUAGCUGUAAUAGGACUAAACCCCAUAGACUUCCUAGUAGCUGUAACCUUAACCCUUUAGACUCACUUUAGCCCUAGUCUGAGACAAACUUAAUGUAUUUCUCCUUCUCUUUCUCCAUUUCCUCCUCUCCCUCCUCUCUGUCUCUCUCUCAGCGAUGAUAGUGCUGUUGUCCAGAGCCCAGGCCUGUAGGGUGGAUGACCAGAGAGGCCUGCUGACCAAGGAACACCUGGAGCUGCCCCAGUUCCUCCUGAAACCUGCUGUCCAGGAGACCCAACAGGGGGAGGCUGGAGAGGUUGCAGGGGGACAGGGGGAUGGAGCCCCCACAGACACUGGAGUCAGAUAACCAUCCCACUACCUCCUCCAUUCCCACCCCUGUUGGAGCAGCAGAGUCUGGAGUCGGUGUCAGACUCAUCAGGUUCCAAACACAUAGGCUCACAGGAAACAUGUGUGAAUGUGGGGGGUGUGUUGUCUAAUUUUAACAAACGGUGUACAGGAAGACAACUAGUCUAGCACUUUUGCCUAUGAUUGUCUAAGCUCAGAGACAUGGCUUAUCACAGUCUCUGGUACGAAACAUCAACUUUGGUACAAAAUGUCAUGAAAUACAGAAUCUGUUAUAGGUUCCCAUUCCUCCCCUGAAUUCUGAAUUUUGUUCUCUUUUGGAAUGAAGGAAUGACUUCUAUAUUUAAGUUGAACUAAUAGUUUCCCUAAUAUGUAACUAAGCACUUUGAGUACAUGUUCUUUAUUAUGUGUUUUUGAUUUGAGAUUUAACUAAUGUGUUUAUUUUUCUGUAUUUUUAGCACUCCUCUCUUGUGAAAGUUUGAUUUUAUUUGUUGUCAUUUAAUACUUUUGAGCACAUUUUUGUUUCUUUGCUGUGUUUGCACUUUGAAUGCCAGGUGCUCUGUGGUGGUCAAUCCUUUGAAUGCCAGGUCCUCUGUGAUCAAAUCAAAUCAAAUUGUAU